CGAACAAAAAUCUUAAGCUACUAAAGUCCUCUGGAUUAUCAUCAUCUUAUAUUCACUCCACCGUAUUGUCCUCAAGUUCAACCUAUCGAAUUGGUGUGGGCCUACGUAAAAGGUUAUAUAGCUAAACAAUUUUCAUCGUCCAGAACUCUUCAACAAUUAAUUGAACAAACAAAAAAAGGAUUCAAUGGCGAUGGUGUUGGACAUGAAGGUGUGUCUGCGGACAUGGUCAGAAAAAUGAUUUCACAUACUCAUAAAUAUUGCAAUAUGCUUAUUGAUGAUCUAUUGUUAAAAGGGACCAUAGAUGAUAUUAAGAAUGCAGAUGGAUAUAAACAAGCCGAUGAAAAAGAAGAAGAUGACGACGAAGAUGAUGAUAUUAAUACAGGUGCAGUCAAUGGCAAUGAAUAA